AUGCCACAAGAACCGGUUGAAGCUCCAAGCAACGAGGCCGCCAUCAAGCGCAACCCGCACGCCGACUUCGGCGCCGUCGAGAGAUCGCGCCCCUUAUUUGACCACGACACGCAGUUGACCUUCACCAAGACGCCAAAUCCGAACUGGCAAGCAGGCGGCGGAGCCUCAAACGAGGAAUGGAAGAAGCAUCAAUUCGUGACGAUCGAUCCGUACGAGGAGGGUAGGGAGCCAUGGCUCAACUACAAGCUCUUGACUUCGGCGACCGUCCCGCGCCCGAUCGCCUUGGCCAGUACCGUGUCCCCUGACGGGAAGACAGCCAAUCUGGCGCCCUUUUCAUUCUGGCAGUGUGCUGCUGUCGAUCCGCCAAUGUACUCCAUCUCCUUUACCAGCAGAACCGCCAAUGACACCCUGACCAACCUGCUGGCGACCAAGGAAAUGUGCAUUUCAAUGACCACCGAGUCCGUUGUUGAGGCCGCCAACUUUGCUUCCGUCAACUCUCCCCGCCACAUAUCCGAGUGGCCGCUGUCGGGGCUCACCCAGAAGCCCAGUGACCUGGUCAAGCCGGCCCAUGUCGCCGAAUCGCCGUACUCGGUUGAAUGUAAGCUGCACUCGGUGCAGGACUUUCACAGCAAGGCCGACCCUUCUGUCCGGACAUCAACCAUGGUGAUUGUCGAGGUCAUCCGCUUCCACAUUUGGAAUGAUGCAAUCGGGCCGGAUCGCGCAACCGCAGAUGUUACGAAACUUCAUCCGGUUUUCAGGGCGGGAGGGAUCAUGUAUGGCUCUUGUCCGACUAUGUUCGAGCUGCCGCGGCCAGAAGCUUUUGGGCAGUUGCGAGAGGAUGAGAAGAUCAAGGACUUAAUCUAG